AUGGUCGACUCUGGAAUGAUAUGGACGUACGGUCUCCUCACUGUCCAAGCGAUCGCGCCGAUCAUUCUCGGCUCUUUCAAGUCGCUAAAAACGCCUGCAUCCGUCCGCGCUCGCAGAAAAGCCCGGAAAUCCCCUUCGGCCAUCCCCUCCGGCGACUCAGACACAGAGGACGAGGACGAUCUCGACGCCGAUGCCGAGCUGGACGAGACACUCACUUGGGGAGAUACGCUUCUUUUCCCAGUCAUGGGUAGCGUGGCGCUGCUAGGGUUCUAUAUGGUCUUGAAGUAUGUGGGGAAGGAGUGGAUCAAUCUGAUCUUGGGGGUAUACUUUUCUGGAGCCGGAAUGUUCGCUAUGCACUCUACUUUCGAUACCCUCAUCUCCUUCUUCCUCCGCACAGUCGGCAUCAAGCCCGCUAAAUAUCACUUCCGCGUGUCCUCCAAGCUAAGGCAGGUCUUCCACGCCUCAUUCACACUCCCCUCGCUCCUCCUCAUUCCCCUCUCGAUCGCCCUUCCGGCGCUCUACAUUCCCCUCGGCCGACCUUAUGUCCUCUCCAACCUCAUCGCGCUCUCGUUGAGCACGGCCACUCUCCAGCUCCUCAAGCUCGACUCGUUUCUCACUGCCGGUGUCCUCCUCGGCGCUUUGCUAGUCUAUGACAUCUUCUGGGUCUUUGCCACUCCCGUGAUGGUCACAGUAGCCAAAGGGCUCGACGCACCUAUAAAACUCCUCGCCCCUCGUCCGUCUACCGGUACCGUCACAGACUUCGCCAUGCUGGGACUGGGCGACGUCGUCGUUCCGGGUCUCAUGGUUGCUCUUUGCCUUCGUUUCGAUCUGGCUCAGUAUGCCCGACGGCAUCCCGGAAAGGACGUCGGGCCGAGGAGCAGCUUCAGCAGGCCAUAUUUCUGGACUGGAGUGUUCAGCUACCUGCUGGGUCUGGCGAUUACGAUGAGCGUCAUGACGUAUUUCAAGAGGGCGCAGCCGGCGUUGCUGUACCUUUCGCCUGCGUGCAUCCUCGGGCCGUUCCUCCUUGCUCUUGUCCGUGGCGAGAUUGCCGAUCUCUGGGCAUACAAAGAAGGCGCGGAGGAUUCGAAGUCGAUAGUGGACGAGACGAUCGAGCGCGGGUCCGAGAUUGCUCAGAAGGCACGGGCGGAGGCGAGGGCAAAAGCUGCUGCGCUGGCAGAUGGGGUCUCUGGCGGGGAAGGGGAAGAUAAAGCGAGCGGAGCGGAAGGGGAGGAGCAGGACGGGGCAGUCGAGGGAGAUGAUAGCUGGAUGGAGGGCGGAGUAGCUGGGAGUGGGCAAGAGGGGAAGGCGAGAAAGAGGCGGACAAAGAAGAAGUAG